AUGGACUUCGUUUUCGCCGACGACGACCUUGUUGCCACCGAGGACUUCACGACUGCAGAAGUUGCCGGGAAUGUCAUGGAAGAGACCUUGGCGGACAGUGCCUCCGACAGCGAAUGCGACGAUGCUAGUUGGGCCCCUAAGCCGCUCCUGUCGCGGACCAAGCCAGCGGUGGCCGCCGUGGACACGUCUUCGGCCAGCAGCGGCGACGGCGACGGCCUGAAGGUCGAGCACCAGCGGCAGCAGAAGUCGGCGGAGAGCCGGCUGCCCACCCUGGAGGAGUUCCUCGAGAAGCGAGACUUCACGGGGGCCAUGUCGCUGCUCGAGUUCACCGGCACCUCCUCCUCCUCGUCCCAGUCCUCACGGCUCGAAGCGGCGCUGUGGACGGCCUACUGCGCCUUCCACCUGGGACAGCACCGGCAGGCGAUGCGCAUCUACCAGGAACUGCUGGCCGACAAGUCGAUGCCGCCGCCGCUUGACGUGUGGAGCUACCUUGCGUGCUGCCAGUUCCACCUGGGCCUCUACCGCGAGGCCGAAGCGUCGGUGCUGAAAGGCCCCAAGAACCAGCUGCAGAGCCGGCUUCUCUUCCACCUGGCCCACAAGGCGGGAGACGAGAAGAGGCUCAUGGCGCUGCACCAGAGCCUGCAGGACAUACUCGAGGACCAGCUGUCACUCGCAUCCAUUCAAUACCUCAC